CAUUCGUAAGCAUGUCAUACUCAGGGCCGCAAGCAGCGGUGCCCGCUAUUCGCGACAAUCGCGUGGAACGUGAAAUGCAACAGAAGACAGAAAAAAAGCAAUUAACUUGCCCUACAUAUGCCUGCUAGCAGCAGCAGCUACUACUGCUGAUGCAAUGCAUGAACUUUGCCGGUGUUCAGAUCAUCUCAUGCACCAAGUGAAGGGGUCGAAGGAGCAGAUUGCAUCCGAUAUCGAUUCACAAGCAAAUCAGCAGUGAACAACAAAGACAAGGGAAGCAAGCCCAAUCGGAUACGAGCCAAAAAGACAACUUGAAACAAUACCUAGAAGCAGUUUUCUUUCAUGUAUUUUUUUUCUCAUUGGGUUAAGGCGAAUUCUCAUGGUGAUUUGGAAUUGCAUCAGAGAGGCGAACAUGUACGGUGUGCAGGUGUGGGUGGAAGGGAAAGUUGGGUGGGUAUGGAAUCUGACCGUUAUUCAACCCGGGGUCCUGGAUAGGAUCAGGCCGGGGGAUAGGGAUGGUGGUGGUCAGCGGCAGACAGACACGUGAAUGCAGCCGACAAGUCUAAAUCUGAUUUCUCAUUUCGAAAUUUGCCAUCAGACAAGGAGAGGAGCAUCUCGGGCCUGCCGUGACUGGCGACGACCUCCAUUCCGGGUAAUCGCUCGUCUUGCGAUGACGAUGCCGAGUGGCCAUUCUGGCGGUGUACACCAGCCACGGGUCCAAUUGAAAGAGGCGAGAGAAGCGACCGGUGGAGUGGUGCUAACUGAACGGAAAUUAAGACUUCGCCUCUUGAAGAAUCAGCGCAUGCGGGCUGCUAUCUAGGGAAUGGCCGUCAGCAAUGGGUCGAGGUGACUUUUUGCGCUCUUACAAGGUAUCGGAUUGGACGUGCUGGUGGCUCUACCACAAUCAUAAACCACACUGCUCAGAAGCCAAUGGCUUAGGGACGAUCAACGACGAUAGGCUUAUUCAGAGAGGAUGCAUAAAUUGUGAGAGUAUUGUCAUACUCAAAUAAAUGAAUAAAGGGAGCUCUCGGGUCAGUGGGCCGAUCAAUCUCGUUCUCGAAGAUUGGCUUUCUCGGACUCGGUUGCAUGAUACCAUUGUUGCCCAACGGAGGCUGCUGAUCGUAUAAAUUUAGUAGUUUGCAUUACGAAGCCGGUAGAGGAGAGCGAUGAAAUGAGGUAAUUCUGAGUGCUAAGUGACUUGCAGUUGGACAUGGAAAUAGGAUAGGAUAGUAAGAAUAGCAUCGACUCCUCUGAAUUGGAAUAGUUCACUGCUAGGCACCAGAGUUGUAGUUGGAAGUCAGUCAGUUCCAACAAAACAAAGCAAAUUCCAGCAGCGACAAACACCGCCCCAAGUCACGUUUCCCGGCCUGAUCUACGGCUUUCCGCCAAUCAGCAGUGGGCUGGGCAUCCAAAGGAACAAAAGAGCCCUGGUUGACG